CGGUGAGGCAACAAGGCAUCAUAUGAAAACGGCCAUGUCGUGGUGCUAGCAAGUUGGUGGAAGAACGAACGGGCAAGAAUCUUUGUUAGAAGUGUACAAACAGGACAAAAAUAAAGUAGCUAGCUAGCUAGUUGCCAGAUACUUUUGGAAGAUAUAUAUUUAUUUUCCACACUCAAAGAAAAAGGAAGGACGGUAUGAGUGGAGGGACGCCUUACAUCGGGAGUAAAAUUAGCCUAAUCUCGAAGGCCGAGAUUCGCUAUGAAGGAAUUUUAUACACCAUUGACACCGAAAAUUCGACUGUUGCUCUCGCCAAAGGUAAGCUAAAACGUAUACCUUACAAUCAAAUAAGUCGAUAAAUUGAGAACUCCUCACUUUUUACUAGUAAUGGGGUGCAGGUAUUUAGUCUGUCACUGUCAAAUUGUUUGCAAUGCUAGUUAGCAUAGCUAGUAGAUAUUUUUGUCGAAUGCGUAAUCAUGCGUGUGGCAGGCUUGUUAGCCGAGCUAAUUUAUCUCGCCCGUUUCAGUGCAAACGCUCUGGCCUGUUUCAUUCAUGCUUUGUUGCAUUAUUUAGCUGACCGGGUUAUCAUUUCAGCUAGUUAGUUAAUGAACGUUUGCUAACUUACAUGAUUAGGUAGCUAACGUUAGCAGUUAUGGGUGAUGGGAAAUCGGCAAGCUAACUAGCUAACGACGUUGACCUUAAUUUCCUUGCUUGAAAGUGCAAUUUAACUGCUAACUCUAGGGACCCAGUUCUAUUGUUUCUCCAGUGGCAGCUAGCUGCCUGUUCGCACUGGUAUGUGCAUGCGCUCACUUGCAUGCUCUUUGUUUACGUCCUGCCCGGCCUUUCCAUUUUGUCAAUACUAGAAUGUACAAUGAAUGGUGAUUGAUCUGGCAGACAAUCAAUGAUAGUCACACUGUUGUAAUUUUGUCUCUGUCUGACAUUUGUUUAUCCCAACAGUCCGCUCCUUUGGCACUGAGGACCGCCCUACUGACAGGCCAAUUCCACCACGGGAUGAAGUCUUCGAGUACAUAAUCUUCAGAGGCAGUGACAUCAAGGACCUGACUGUUUGCGAGCCACCCAAAGCCACCAGCUCCCUGCCUCAGGACCCUGCCAUUGUUCAAGUAAGCAUUUCCAAGUUUAUUUUCUGUUUACAUAUGUAAUAGUUCUGUAUGUGGUUGUGUCUAACAUUUUGUUUUACUUCCCCAGUCCUCAAUUGGAUCCUCCAAUGCUCCACCCCCAUCAUUCCAGUCUGUGGGCUCAUAUGCACCCUUUAGCAGCAGGGCGCCUGUCCCCCUUUACAGCCAGUUUAACCCCAGCCCCCAGGUGUCCCAGCAGUUUGGAGUUGUCGGUGGAGGUUGGUACAUUCAUCUUGUUGAUUCGCCAUUCUAUAAUCUCUGAGAUGUCUGAAAUGAAGAAUGAUCUUGAAAGCUCUUGUAUUGUCAGUGUGAAAUGCAAUGCUGUUGGAACUAAUCAUUUUAUUCUUUAGCAUAUCUGCCUCUCAAUAUCAUAAAAUGUUAUGUUCUAUGUGGUAUGUUGCUUGCAGUUAACAUCAGUGGAGGACUAAACUUCUUGCAUUAUUAUAAUCACACCCCUGCCUAGCCAUUGAUCAUGACUCAGUACCAUUACAUUACACAUAAGUUAUUGAGUGAAGGCGUCUUCUGUAUGGGGGAGUUUUGUUAAGAUCCCCAACGCUCGGUCUGAACAUUAACACACACCACUUGCGGUAUGGUUUUGGAAGUAUAAGGAUCUUAUCUUUCAUAUCAUCGAAAUAAUUAUUAAACAAAAGGUUACAUUGAUCACAUUUGAUUUGUCACAUGUGCCGAAUACAACAGGUGUAGACUUUACAGUGAAAUACUUACUUACAAGCCCUUAACCAACAAUGCAGUUUUAAGAAAAAUAAGUGUUUAAGUAAAAAAUAUUUAGAAUCGAUUCACGUUUAAAUUGAGUAUUUGGCUGUGUUGGCUGCCAGAGCCAGUCUACCUUUGAAGAUAUCACAUAAGGUCCUUGGACCUUAAGGAGUAAUGGUAGGCUCCUUAACAGUACAUCUUGGGCUAACCCCUGACUUGUCUUCUAGGUCACACCAGUCCCCAGCUGGACCCUCUGAGGAAAAGCCCUUUCCUGGAGCAGGCAGUGCAGACUGCCCCCACCACUGCCCAUGCUGCACCUGCACCAGUGGGACAAAGGAGCCCAGCUGGCCCACCAGCCAGGCCCAUCACUACCCUGAGCAACCAGAAGCCUCCAGACAUCCUGGAACAGAGGAGGGGUGAGGCUGACAGGGGAGGCUGUAGCCAGGCUUGGCCUGAACGUCCACAAUACAAUGCUGUCACACAGACUAGUCUACAUUGCCUGUUUAGAACAAUUGCUUGAUCGGCUAUGUCGCUAAGUGAAGCACCUGGCCAUAUGGCUUUCUAGUUUAGAAUAUUGUAUUUUGAAGACUCAUAACUUGACUGAUAUGUCAAAAUAAUUGCUAGUUUGAUCUGUUAUUUUGUGCUGUUUAGGCCCUGAGGUUCAGAAAAUACCCAGAACAGAUUCUGAGCAAGGUGGUGGCGACAACCGGAAUAACCGUCAAUGUGGUGAGUUGGUUCUCAUGAAACUAACAGUGUACUUGUUAACCUGUGACUCUCGCCCUAGUUUCUGUUUUGUAUACUGCCUUACUGGUAUUAAUGUACCCAUGUUUUCUGUCAAGAUCUAGACGUAUUCAAACAAUCAUUUAAACGCUGCUUUGAUGUUAUUGGUUGUCUGACUCCUCUGCUGUCCUGUCUUCCCAGCCGGUGGUCCUCCCCCUCAGCGCCGUGGUCGUGGAGGUGGUCACCGUGGGAGAGGCCGCUUCAACCCACACAGGGACGGCCCCAUGAAGUUUGAUCAAGACUUUGACUUUGAGACUGCCAAUGCUCAGUUCAACAAGGAGGAGAUUGAAAAAGAGUUUCAGAACAAACUCAAACUGAAAGGUACUACUUGUAAUUAUUAUAGCAAAUUCCACGCAGCAUUAAUGUCAUGGCCUAGCCUGUGUUCCUACCUGAAAUCCCAGGCUGCCACACUGUUGAUUUGGAACUUGCGUCAAAAUGUUUCGUGUACUCUUUAUCCUCUUAGCUUAAUCCAAGUUUAUGAAGAAGAAAAAAUGGUUUACCCCCUUUUAAUUGUCUAACAUAGACGACAAGCCUGAUAAACCAGAGAAGGCUCUUAAUGGAGAUGAGAAGGCAGAUUCUGGUGUGGAGACCCAGAACAGUGAAGGCAAUGCUGAGGAAGAGGAACCUGUGGUGGCCAACGUUUACUACGACAAGACUAAGUCCUUCUUUGACAACAUCUCUUCUGAUGAUACAAGGCAUGUUCCUUAUUUUUGCUCUCUUGACCGAUUUUUGUAUUUUUAUUUAUGUGCUUUGUGGUAUUGAUAUUGUCUUAUACUAAUGGAAAUCCAAAGCAUGUCUGUUAGAUUAGGUUAGUCUUUGGCAUUAAAUGUCUCAUUUUGUAUUUACAGGAAAGCAGCUGAGAGAUCUGGAGGUUCAGGAUUCCCAAGGAGGCAGACUUGGGCUGAGGAGAGGAGGAUGAAUUCGGAGACCUUUGGCAUCCCACUGAGGCACAACCGAGGCCGAGGAGGCUUCAGAGGAAGUCGUGGCGGCAUGGGCUUCCGCGGGGGCAGAGGGCGUGCCAUGAGCAGAGGUUCCUUUGGACCCCCCCGCGGGGCCCCUCCCGGCUUCAGGGGAGGAUUUCGAGGAAGCAGCAGAGGUGGCCGGGAGUUCGUUGAAUAUGAAUACAGGGUAAAUCAUUCCAUACCAUUUGGUUUACACCACAUGUACACAUUUUUGGUGAUUUUUAUUAUUCAAAAGUUAAAUGUACAUAGGCACACACUUGCAACAAAGGACAAGGCAACCCAACAUCACACUUAUGAUGCAAGUUAAGUUCAAUAUGAUGCAAGUCUGUCUCGAUAUAAAAUGCUGGAUGUGUGUGCACAAGUCUAAACAUGUUUUGCUUUAUUCCAGAAGGAUAACAAAGUGGCCGCGUAGUGCACUAGAGAGACGGAUCCACCAAGAAUUGUAGCCCUUCAUGGUCCAGAAAUAUGAAGACAUACUCUGUAAAUUUCCCACCAGCACUGGGGUUGACUGCUUGAUUUCAACGGGUGUGAAUGCAGCCUCUUUACCAAUUUAUCUUUUUCAAAAAAAAUACAACAAAGGAAUAUAAUGUGCUUUUGAAAAUUUGAGCGUUGUUUGAUAUUAUACAGUAAUCAGAGGGACAAGAACUUGUGUAAAUACCGUACUCCAGUGGAAUUAUUCAGUAUUUUUGCAUCUAUUUGAGUUCUUUUCUUACUAAAAUUGUAUUUGAUAAUGUUCUGUUAUGUGUAAAGAUGUAUGCAGAAGCCCGCUGAUACUGUGAGUACUUUGAUCACUGAAAAUAGCUUUAUUUUUGGGAUAUAUCCUGUAAUGUACCUUAGGAGCACUAAAAUCCUACAUAGCCUGUCGGGGUCACAGUUCGUUUUUUAUAUUCUCUCCUAGUCUACAUAUCUCCGUAGCCAUUUAUCCUGUAUUUUGACGUUCUGCUGUACUUUGCCAAGUUUCUUAGUCAGAGAAAUCUCAUGUUUCAGUGUUCCUGCUAAAAGACUCAAAUGUAAAUGUUCUUGGGGUACAUCAAGUAGAUAAGUGGUUUACGUCAUAGUCUCACUUUGGUUUUUGGUUGUAGAGAUCCUGCUUUCAAAUGAAGGUAGACAGUUCAGACCUUUAACAUAAGCUAUUUAUACAAGAUCAGAGUAGGUCAGUCAUCCUGAAAACACUUUGGAUUAUGGUGCAUUUGCACUUAUCGGGAUAAUUUCUGUUUUAUAAUCUUGCUGAAUAUUGAAUGAAUGUAUUUCUAGUGCAUCGCGCUGUUAUUUCUGCCCCAAAGAUAUUGUGUGGUUGCCACUUAACUUCUGGUUUUAGAAAUGCAUAUGAAUGCAGGGAUUCAGAGCUGUUGGGAAGUUUUCUCUUCCCCUAAGAAUGACCAGUGUUGUUUCCCAACACCCGCUAAUGCUGGUCGCCAAAUAGAGGUAAUGUUGGGAAGGACUGCAGUCUUUGUGAUUCAGUGAUGGGGUGCGCUGCACAUAUUUGCUCUUGCAUAAUUUUGUUAAAUGUAGUGUUGGUAACUAUUGCCCUUUUAGUGUAGUCGAUGUAGUCAAAGGAGGCUUUUCUGCAACAAUCAUGGCUAAACUUGGAGCAUCAUAGUCAUUAGAAAUGGCUAUCUAGCCUUCUCCAUCUCCCCAGCGCUUGAAUAUGCAUUGAAAUAACUGCCAUGUUUUAACUAGCCGCUUAACAAGUGUCUAUGGAAUUAAAUAAUUGUUGACCUCUAAAUGUUUGCCCUGAAAGAGAAGAUGGCUUGACUCUGGCCUAGACUGCUGUGUAACCAGAUGUAUCUUGUCCCCAGUAUGCCAUAGGACCUGAGCAUUGGACUACUUUUUCUCAGUUUGUUUCAAAACAAUUUGCAAUUCAAGUGUUACUGAUGUAUGUUGACAUUUUUCUAGCAGACAGUCUUGCUUUACCUGAUGGUCUAUUGGCAUGCUUGCCCUUGUAUGGUGUUGCAUCUAAAACAAUCUGGUGUGCUCAACUCUAAACAUAAUGAUGCUGGUGUUUUUGUUUUUCAGUCCCACUAAUGCAACUUCCCGGGAAUAAGUCUCGUUCACCAGCUGUAUGGACAGCGUAGUAGCCUGGCACAGAAGUGAUUCUCAUCCAAGCUUGUCCUGAAAAGAGAAAUUGAGUACUGCCCGUCUAUUCGUUGACGUGACAAAAGAUGUUGGGGGAGAGUAAGGGCUGUAUAACUUGGGGAAAAUCUUCAGAGAUAAUAUUCUGCACAGCUAGAUUUGGGUAUAUGUUUUUAGAUUUAUUUUGUUUAAGUUCAACCACUAAGUUUACAUGAUGUUGAAGGAAACAAAAUUAAUUAACUUGUUGGAAAAAGUUAGAUAAAAGAAAAGUAGUGAAGUUACUCCAGACCUUAACCAAUCUACUAAGCUUCUGGAAGAAUUCCUAGUGAUCAAAUUCCAGCAUUUGUAAUAAACCGCAUCGGUGCCCUAAGCGUGCUAUGUUUGUCCCUUUCCCUAUGCUUGGGGAAGUCUAUUGAGCUAUGUCUAUUGUCCAGCACUAGCAGUUUGGAGGAUUGUCCAUAUAAUCACACCUAAGAUAAAGGGAUGUGAACUGGAUGUUGAGGCCAGCGGAGAAUGGGGUGGAUUGUUUGAUGUUCUCACUUUUUGUCACUAUGUUCGGGAGUGCUAGAAGGAGGGGAUAUGUAUUUAUAUUUCUCUCUAUUGACCUACAGUAUGAUGACAAUAUGUAAGAUGUACUAUUUGACUAUUUGAAAACACUACAAGAUAAACCUGAUCUAGAUCAUACAAAAUGUUGGCAGCUAGGCCAAUAUAUCCUGUAGUUCAUAAAUGUGCAUUUUUACUGAAUAGUUGUACAGAUUGAUAAUACAGAGCAAUGUAUGGCAGCCUUAGCCCUGUGAGAUCAGGAUGGUUUGUACGAGGUUAUGGCAGCCUUGCCUUGUCAUAAAACACAAAACAGUGACUGAACAAGGAUUAUACACAGGAGCCUGGGCAGUUGCAAUAGCCACAUUUGGUGUAAGGUCCAGAGCUCAUUUGAGAUUUCAAACAGUACAUAUUACCUACAUAUUGCUGUUAAGUUUUGAUUACAUUAGUUACUCCUUCUGACUUCUGGAAUAAUAAAGCCAGAUAUUGUUUCUAAAUAAAGCAGUUGAACAGCAUGGUGUACUUCAAGUGGGCUGCCCUCUGCAGACAGGUUUUUACUCAAGAUAAAAAUAAACAAUUGUUCAAUAGCCA